CAGUACGGCUGGAAUGGAGGCCAGUGGAACCAGUAAUAUGAAGUUUGCAAUGAAUGGUUGUAUCCAAAUUGGUACAUUGGAUGGCGCUAAUGUUGAAAUAAGGGAAGAGGUUGGAGAAGAAAACUUCUUUCUCUUUGGUGCUCAAGCUCAUGAAAUUGCAGGGCUUAGAAAAGAAAGAGCUGACGGAAAGUUUGUACCUGAUGAACGUUUUGAAGAGGUGAAGGAAUUUGUUAGAAGCGGUGCUUUUGGCUCUUAUAACUAUGAUGACCUAAUUGGAUCGUUGGAAGGAAAUGAAGGUUUUGGCCGUGCUGACUAUUUCCUUGUGGGCAAGGACUUCCCCAGUUACAUAGAAUGCCAAGAGAAAGUUGAUGAGGCAUAUCGCGACCAGAAAAGGUGGACAACGAUGUCAAUCUUGAAUACAGCGGGAUCGUACAAGUUCAGCAGUGACAGAACAAUCCAUGAAUAUGCCAAAGACAUUUGGAACAUUGAAGCUGUGGAAAUAGCAUAAGAGGGGGAAGUGAAUGAAAAAUAACAAAGGCACAGUAAGUAGUUUCUCUUUUUAUCAUGUGAUGAAGGUAUAUAAUGUAUGUGUAAGAGGAUGAUGUUAUUACCACAUAAUAAGAGAUGAAGAGUCUCAUUUUCUGCU